AUAAAAAAAAGAUUAAACGACGUAAAGAUUGAUUGUAAAAAAGAGUAUGAGAGGAAUUCUUUUGAAACAUUAUGCAAGACCGAUUUUUGGGUCAACUUUGCUAAAUUAUCGUUGUUUUGGAACUUCAUUAAAAUCAAGACUUUUAGAGCGUAUACCGGAAGAGCAAGAAAAAGUGAAAAAAUUACGAUCAGAACAUGGUAAGAAGUCGCUUGGUGAAGUAAUACUAGAUCAGGCAUACGGAGGAAUGCGUGGAAUCAAGUGUCUUGUAUGGGAAGGAUCAGUUUUGGAUUCGGAAGAAGGUAUACGUUUCCGUGGAUUAACUAUUCCAGAAUGCCAGGAAAAACUUCCAAAAGCACCUCAAGGAACUCAGCCAUUGCCGGAAGGUCUUUUCUGGUUAUUAUUAACGGGCGAAAUACCUACAAAUGAGCAAGUAAAAGAGGUUUCAGAAGAAUGGGCAGCACGUUCAGAUAUUCCAGAAUUUCUUGAAAAAUUAAUUGAUCAUUGUCCACCUGACUUACAUCCAAUGGCCCAAUUUUCCUUAGCUGUUACAGCGCUCGAGCAGGGAUCUUCUUUUAGCGCAGCAUAUGCAAAAGGAAUCAAUAAAAAGGAUUACUGGUUACAUUAUUUCGAUGAUUCUAUGGAUAUUAUUGCAAAACUCCCUGUAAUUGCUGGAAAAAUUUAUAGAAAUCUAUACAAGGAUGGAAGAGUUGCUUCUAUUGAUAAAGACAAAGAUUACAGUUGGAAUUUAUCCAAUAUCCUUGGAUAUUCCGACAAGGAAGAAUUCAAUGAACUUCUUCGACUUUAUCUUACCAUUCAUUCGGAUCAUGAAGGUGGAAAUGUCAGUGCCCAUACGUCCCAUCUAGUAGCAAGUGCUUUAAGUUCUCCUAUGCUUUCGCUUAGUUCAGGACUAAACGGUCUUGCUGGACCUCUUCAUGGCCUUGCUAAUCAAGAAGUUUUAAAUUGGAUUUUGGCUAUGAAAAAUGAAAUUGGAGACAAUGUCACAAAAGAAAAUAUCGAAGAAUAUCUUUGGUCUACUCUUAAUGCAGGGAAAGUCAUUCCCGGAUAUGGCCAUGCUGUUUUAAGAAAGACAGAUCCUCGAUAUACAGCUCAGCGUGAAUUUGCUCUUAAACAUUUACCAGACGACCCUAUGUUUAAGCUUGUAUCAUUAGUGUAUGAAGUUGCUCCAAAAGUUUUGCUCAAGCAUGGAAAAACAAAAAACCCAUAUCCUAAUGUUGAUGCACAUUCUGGAAUUUUGUUACGAUAUUACGGCUUGGUAGAACAACAGUUUUAUACAGUACUUUUUGGUGUUUCUCGUGCAUUAGGUAUACUUUCCCAGCUCAUUUGGGAUCGUGCAUUGGGUCUUCCAAUUGAACGUCCUAAAUCAUUUAGUACAGAAGCAUUUAUUAAAAUGUUUUCCAAGUAAUAUUGUGUAUCAUAUUUUUUUUUUUUGGGCUUAGAAAGAAUAAUA